ACAUCUGUCUCUCUUGACACACUGCGGUCUGCAGCUCUCUCUCUCCUGCGUCUUUUACCUCAAAGAAUUUACCGCAGCUGCAGUGAGAGCUGACGCACUCAAGUAAAAAUAGUUCACUUGCUUGAUGUGCACACCGACUUUAGAGUUGUCGGUGCCAUCCCAAAUCCACUCAAGAUCUUCUCGUUUCCCCGCGUUUCUAGAAAACAAAACUCGGAUCUUCUUCUGCUCUAAAACUUUUCCUCAUUAUUCACUUUCACCUCUGUAAAUAAUUCCAACUACUUGCUCACCACUUUGCUCAAAGAUCAAUUUUCAGCUGCUGUCAGCUCCCACCGGAAUCUCUGUUCCGUUAAACUCGAACUCAAUGCUGCUCGUUUGUUUUUCUUGGCCGAGAAAUUGACUGAAAUGGAUCAGGGGAAAUUCAUCUCAGAGUGUUGUAAUUACUGGGAAAUCUUGGUUUUGCAUUGCAGAUUAUCGGUUUGGAUUGCUUUGUUUCUUGGAAUUUUAGAUUCAAGAAUCUGAUUAACGAUUUGAGGUUGGCGCAGCUUGGGUUCAUUAUGAUGAAAUGUUGUUGUGUGAGCAUCUAGAAACACUGUGAUAGUGUAGUGAUUAGAAAUUUUGCAAUGGAGGAUAUGAACAUAGUUAGGUUGUCCCCAUUGAGGCCAGGCGGUGGUGGCUUGAAGUCGCCUUCGUCGGGAAAGUCAACUCCGAGGGGCUCUCCUUCUUUUAGGAGGCUGAGCUCCGGCCGGACUCCGAGAAGAGAGGGCAGGAGUGGUGGUUAUAUUUUUUCGUAUUGCUUCAGAAGCAACCGCAUUGUGCUUUGGCUGCUUUUGAUCACUCUUUGGGCUUAUGCUGGAUUCUACUUCCAGUCGAGAUGGGCGCAUGGAGAUAAUAAGGAGGAUCUUUUUAGUGGUGGCUAUGGAGGUGAAAUAAAAGGUGGAAAAUCCGCAGCACAACGGAGUAACAGGAGGGGCUUGAUUGCUGCUGUUGAUUCUGGAGCACUUGAGUUCAAGAACGGGACGAGUAACUCAAGUUCGGAGAAUGUGGAUGUCGUUCUUGCAGAGAGUGGAAGUGGCAAUUCAUUGAAUAAAAAUAAGGCUUCGAAGAAGAGAAGUAAGAGAUCCGGGCAUGGUUCCCGUAGGAGGAGCUCUGGUAAAGUGAAGGUUGUGGCACAAGAUGUAGAAAGUGAAGUUGAUGAUGUACAAAUGGAAGAAAUUCCCAAGAAGAAUACAACUUAUGGAUUCCUUGUCGGUCCAUUUGGCUCUGUGGAGGAUUCGAUUUUGGACUGGAGCCCUGAGAAGCGGUCAGGCACCUGUGACCGGAAGGGAGCAUUUGCACGUCUUGUUUGGUCGAGGAAGUUUGUGUUGAUCUUCCACGAGCUGUCCAUGACGGGAGCUCCUCUUGCAAUGCUGGAGCUGGCAACGGAAUUUCUGAGCUGUGGAGCUACGAUAUCAGUUAUAGUUCUGAACAAAAAGGGCGGCUUGAUGUCGGAACUUAACCGUAGGAAAAUUAAAGUGCUCGAGGACAAGUCAGAUCUCAGCUUCAAAACAGCCAUGAAAGCAAAUAUCAUAAUCGCAGGUUCUGCUGUCUGUUCAUCGUGGAUAGAGCAAUACCUAUCGCGUACUGUACUUGGUUCUAGUCAAAUUAUGUGGUGGAUCAUGGAGAAUAGAAGAGAGUAUUUCGACAGGUCGAAGCAUGUGAUCAAUCGAGUAAAGAAGUUGAUUUUUCUUUCCGAGCAACAGUCGAAGCAGUGGUUAGCCUGGUGUGAGGAAGAAAACAUCAAGUUAAAAGACGAGCCUGCAUUGGUGCCACUCUCGGUGAAUGAUGAGCUAGCCUUUGCAGCAGGCAUCUCGUGCUCCCUAAAUACUCCAUCGUUCACCACGGAGAACAUGCUGGAAAAGAGACGGUCAUUGAGAAGCGCUGUUAGACAAGAAAUGGGACUGUCUGAUGACGAUAUGGUGGCUGUUUCCUUGAGCAGUAUAAACCCCGGAAAGGGCCAGUUGUUGCUUAUGGAAUCGGCACGCUUGAUGAUUGAGCAAGGCCAGCAGCUGAACAACUCGGGCCCCAAAGAUCCGAUCUUGAUGGAUCACGAUUAUUAUUCAAGAGCUCUGCUUCAGAAUGGGAGAAGGGACAGUGUAGCAAAGCGCGACACACCCACAAAGAAAAGAAUAAGGUCAUCACGUAUCUUCACCAACGAGGGAAGACUCGAUUCUCUGAGGUAUGGUAGAGAUGCUAGGAUGAGAAAAAUGCUAUCCCAAAACGUAGGAAAGAAGGGACAGAAUCUUAAGGUAGUCAUCGGUUCGGUGGGAUCUAAAAGCAAUAAAGUAGCUUAUGUAAAAACACUUCUUACGUAUCUAUCAGCACAUUCAAACUUGUCCAAAUCUGUGCUGUGGACUCCUGCAACAACUCGUGUUGCCUCCCUUUAUGCCGCAGCAGAUGUUUAUAUAAUGAAUUCUCAGGGAAUAGGAGAGACAUUCGGAAGGGUAACGAUUGAGGCCAUGGCAUUCGGACUUCCUGUCCUGGGAACGGAUUCUGGAGGCACGAGGGAGAUUGUCGAGCACAAUGUAACGGGGCUGCUCCAUCCUUUGGGGCGGCCGGGCUGUCAAGUUCUCGCAAGAAAUCUCGAAUUCUUGCUUGAGAAUCCAUCAGCAAGGCAAGAAAUGGGAAUGAGAGGCAGAGAGAAGGUGGAGAAGAUGUACUUGAAGAAGCAUAUGUUUCAGAAAUUUGGUGAGGUGUUGUACAAGUGCAUGAGAAUUAAGUAGCAUUUGAAGCUCAUCUCACAAUUUACUUUAGAAACCUGCGUUGGUUUGGCUAAGCACAUUGCUUCUAUUAGCUUGACAAAUGAUAUACAUCCCUAUUUUUUCUUCA